AUGGCCAGCUUCUCCCUCACAGAGCCAAACUCCCGCGAGCUGUCCGGCGGAGAUCUCCUCGCCCAGAGCCUCAGACAGGCAGGAGUAGAGGUAGCCUUCGGUCUCCACGGAGGCCAUCUGGACGCAUUCCUCGUGGGCUGCGAGCUGGCCAAGAUCCGGCUCGUCGACACGCGCCACGAGACAGUCGCCGUCCAGGCCGCCGAGGCCUAUGCCAAGUUCAGCAGCAAGAUCGGCGUCUGUUUCGUAACCGCCAACAGCGGCCAGGUGGUGACCGGGAAGAGCAGCUUCGGAAACGGUCUCCCGGGACUGGCGACUGCAUUAGCCGAUCGCUCCCCGAUCCUCUGCAUCACCUCGUCUCCUCCCUUGCGAGACAACGAGACCAAUUGCCUCCAGGGCAUCAUCGACCAGGUUGUUGCUGCAAAGCCUCUGACGAAGCUCGCUGUCCGGGUGACGAAUGCGGAGGAGACCCCGAGGCUGGUUUCUCAUGCUAUCCGGACAGCUUUGUCUGGCACACCAGGCCCGGUUCUGCUCGAUUUCCCAAUCGAUGUUCUCUUCUCUCCUAUCCACAAGCCUCUCAUCUCCUGGGGGUCCAUAUCUUCACCCUCCACGUAUGGGCCGGGAGUCAACACAGAGGCAGUGAAAGAAGCAAGGAAGAUUCUUGAAUCGUCAUCCCGCCCAGUUGUUAUCGCAGGGUCUGGAGCAACUUCUGUUAGUGCCAGAGACGAGCUGGUCAAGUUCUCCAAAGCGUAUCAUGUUCCUGUAUUCGAUACGCUUAAAUAUAGUGUAUCAACCAUCCCUCCAGACUCCCAAUUUUCCGGUGGAUCAGCCGACAAGCUUGCCUAUCUCCAAAUACUCGGCAAGAAACGCCCCGAUCUCGUCCUCCUUCUCGGGGCCAGAACCGGAAUGUUCCUCGGAGGGAGAGCUGGGGGGAUCAUACCCCCAGACUGCAAGCUCAUCCAAGUGGAUGUAGAUGGCGGAGAAAUCGGCCGCGUGCUGCCUGUGGCUCUGGGAGCCGUCAGUGACUGCGGCCAAUUCCUCGCUGCCAUGAACUCCAUCAACCAGGAUAGCACAUCUCCAAGCCAAGUUGACGAGGAAUGGGUCAAAGAUGUCCUUUCCCUUCGGCACAUGCCCUCUCCCUUUGAGAAAGCUCCGCCGCUACAGCCUUCCAACCGUCUUCACCCGUACCACGCCUUGAAGAGUGUCUUUUCCAGCGUCGAGCCCGGAUCCAUCGUCAUCUUGGACGGCGGCGAGGCCGGGCUCUGGGGCGCGGACACACUGGCCGCAUGUUCUCCCAGCGCAGUCGUUAAGUCAACCGGGAAUCUCGGAUUCCUCGGCAACGGCUUCGGUCACGCCCUGGGCGCAGCCGUCGCAUCUCCCGACCGCUGGGUGGUCAGCAUCCAGGGCGACGGGUCUGCGGGAUUCCACCUCAUGGAGCUGGACACGUACAAGCGGCACGGCCUGAACAUCCUGACGGUCGUGGUGAACAACUACGCCUGGGGGAUGAGCUUGAACGGCCAGGAUAUGGUGUACGGCGGGGAUGAGUCCGCGCGGCCGAUCUCGUCGCUGAGCGAGGGGGCCGAGUAUGACCAGGUUGCGAGGGCGCUGGGGAAUGGCAGUGCGAAGCUGGAGAGGAUCGAGGAUAUCCCCGAGGUGAUUCGGCGGCUUCAGGGGCAGGCUGGGCCGAGUGCUGUGAAUCUGAUCGUGGACAGGUCGCCGACUCAUCCAGGGACGGAGGCAAUGGUUGGGGACACGAAGGACCGGAAGAAGGUUGUAGUUCCUUAUUACGACAACUUGCCGAGGAUCACGUACAGUGAGUAG